AUGGCAUCGCGUCCAACCCCCGCGAGACCUGUCAUCUCUCGUGUCAAGCUGCCCCAGCCAGGGCGUGGCCAGGUACGCAUCGCCGACAUCACUGCCGGUUCCGGCUGUGCAGAUCCGAGCAGCCGCUCAGGCAGUGCGCGGUCCUUAGCCGCAAGGUCUGUUCCAACACCGGUCCUCGAAUCUUCCCCCAGCGUGGCCCGGCAUGUUCGAACUCCAGAGCCAAGAAAUCCUGCGGCCACGUUGGAGAGUUUGCACUCGAUGCCAAGAUCGAGCUCAGAGAACGUGCUGGCACGGUCCUUACCCCGAACUGCUACAUCAACCCUGUCGGAGCACGACCACGAUGACCACGCUCCAAGUUGUGUUACCAGAGACAGUCCAGCGAGCCGGGGUGGCGUUGACAUGUUGCUCGCGGCAAGUGUUUGGAGUCUGCCGGACGAGAAGCCUGAUGUCGCAGGGCAUCCGGCCACAAACAAUGGCAAAUCCAACACACCAGACGCAGGGCAGUCUGCUCUUUUUGGGAGGCGUCAGGACGACGCCAGAGAGAAUACUCUUGCGAGGAGCAAGAGAGGUUUGGAUGAGGUUACUGGAGCACAUGGAGCACCUGGCUGGAAUACACCUCUGGUGGAAGGAUCCUUGCUAGGCGAGGCUGUGGCAGAAGGUGCCAGACAAAGACACAGACGACAGCAGCGUCGGCCAAGCUUGCGAGCACGCUCCAAAGAAAUCCGCACACAGUCUGAGCCACCGCAACACACCCUGACCGACUCCACAAGCCACAGCGGACAAAGGCUACCGCAGCUCAUUGAUGAGAUCGAGGGUCACUUGCUCCAGCAAACAGUGCGGCCUCCAGAAGAUGCAGCUGGCUGGAUGCAGGAAACCGCACAGCUGGAGAUGUACAUGCAGGAAAUGCAGCACUUGUUGACGCAACACCUGGAUGUCCCGGGGCAGUCAGGAAACAGUCGUGUUGCAGGCCGAAAUCGGGUACGUGGUGUGGUGCACGGCAAAUCGCCCGUCCGCGAGCUCUCAGUGUUGCGAGGUGACAAAGACCUGAGGUGGGCCAGACAGCAGCUCAGGAAUUGUGAGCGGGAGCAUGCCCAUCUCCAGCACCUACUGGGAGACGAAGAUGCCGAGAGAGUUCUGUUCGCGGAGCUUCGGCAGGUAGAGGUUGCCCUCGAGGAAGAAAAGCGGAGGUUAAAGAAUCUCCAGAAAGAAAGUCACAAGCGCGAGCGAAGCAUGGCACGGGCGGCUGAGCGUGCUGGCGGAGGAGAACUUGGUAGUUUGAACGUGGAUGGAAAUGCACGAGCUCUGAAGGAGGUGAAGAGGCUGGAGGCCGAAUUGGAAGUGUGGCAGAUGAAAAACGCAUCUCUAACCAAGCAAAUCGACGAGUCUACAGCUAGGCUCGAGCAAGCAGUUCAAAACCAUGAAAGAGCAGUGUCCAGAUGUCAGCAGCUGCACACAAAAGUGGAGAGCGAGGAUGCCAAGAAGCAAGAAGAGCAGCAGCAGCACAUGCAGCACGAAUCCCAGAUAGAAGAGAGGCAGCUCCGCAGCGACAUUCAAAGCCUCCUGGACGCGCGGCGCAGAGAAGCCAGAAGCGCAGAGUCGACGAUGCGAGAGCGAGCGCGGCGCUUGGAGGAUCUGCGGAAACAACAAGCAGAGAAAGAGGCGUUCCUUGCGCAGCUCAGAAUGACUGAGCAGCAGCUGCGGCGUCAAUUUCGGCAUGAGAACCGACGGCCCUGCAGCACCAGGGGCGAGCAACGAGGGCGUCCCAUGAAGCUGCUGAAGCUGCCGAAGCUGCUGAAGCUGCCCAUGAACUUCCUGAAUGCCCUGAAGCCUCGAACGCGACCGAAGCACCGCCAAGGCCCGCAGCUUCAUCGCCUUUGA